AUGGCUGACGAAAAGAAGGUACUUGCGAAGGGCUCGGAGACCGACCGCAUCAACCUGAGAGUCCUGGGACAGGACAAUGCGGUGGUACAGUUCAAAAUUAAAAAACACACACCACUUCGCAAGCUUAUGAACGCGUACUGCGACCAUGCGGGUCUUCCGAAGCAGGAAUUGCGCUUUCGAUUCGACGGAUUCCCAAUCGGGGAAAAUGAUACCCCGACAACACUGCACAUGGAGGAAGGUGACACAAUCGAAGUCUACCAGCAACAGACCGGAGGCACGGUUUAA